AUGGACAAUGGGAUGGUCUCUGACUUUAUCAUGAUCAAAAACUUCUUCCUCUUCUGCGUUUCCAUGAGUUUAGCCAGCCACUUUGGCUUUUCACAAACGCCAACACCAUCAGUAAAAGAGGAGGCCAAUGAUAACAUCACGAUAUUCACCAGGAUCUUGGACGGUCUGCUGGACGGCUACGACAACAGACUGCGCCCAGGACUGGGAGAGAGAAUAACUCAGGUGAAAACAGACAUCUAUGUUACCAGUUUUGGUCCCGUGUCAGACACAGAAAUGGAAUACACCAUUGACGUUUUUUUCCGACAAAGCUGGAAGGAUGAAAGGCUGCGAUUCAAAGGACCUAUGCAACGCCUCCCUCUUAACAACUUGCUCGCCAGCAAGAUUUGGACCCCAGACACUUUUUUCCACAAUGGCAAGAAGUCUAUUGCUCACAACAUGACAACCCCAAACAAACUCCUGCGUCUGGAGGACGAUGGCACUCUGCUGUAUACCAUGAGAUUGACCAUCUCUGCUGAAUGUCCCAUGCAGCUUGAAGAUUUCCCCAUGGAUGCACAUGCUUGCCCAUUAAAAUUUGGAAGCUAUGCUUACCCCAAUUCUGAGGUGAUCUAUGUGUGGACUAACAGCACCACAACGUCUGUGGUGGUGGCCGAAGAUGGCUCACGACUUAACCAGUACCACCUGAUGGGACAAACCGUGGGCACGGAAAACAUCAGUACCAGUACAGGUGAAUAUACUAUCAUGACAGCCCAUUUUCAUCUGAAAAGAAAAAUUGGAUAUUUUGUAAUUCAAACAUACCUUCCUUGUAUUAUGACUGUGAUCUUAUCACAAGUGUCAUUUUGGCUAAACAGAGAAUCUGUCCCAGCUAGAACCGUCUUUGGAGUAACAACAGUCCUCACCAUGACCACCUUAAGUAUCAGUGCCCGUAACUCUUUGCCAAAAGUGGCCUACGCUACUGCAAUGGACUGGUUUAUAGCUGUUUGCUACGCCUUUGUAUUUUCAGCAUUGAUUGAAUUUGCAACAGUCAACUAUUUCACCAAGAGGAGUUGGGCAUGGGAUGGCAAAAAAGCCCAGGAAGCUGCAAAAAUCAAGAAAAAAGAGCGCAACUUGCUGGGAAAUAAACCAACUAAUACCUACAGCACCGGGAAGAUGACUCCUGCACCAAACAUGCCAAAGGACUCAGCCCCAUCUGUCAUCUCAAACACUACAUCUGCUCCAGUGAAGCCUGCAGAAGAAAAGCCUGCUGAAAGCAAAAAGACUUACAACAGCAUCAGUAAGAUUGACAAAAUGUCCAGGAUAAUUUUUCCAGUGCUUUUUGGAACUUUUAACUUAGUUUACUGGGCCACGUAUUUGAAUAGGGAGCCUGUUAUUAAAGGUGCCAAUUCUCCAAAAUAAACUGAAGUACUCUGGAGCCACAUGUGAGCCAUACUUGCAAAGCAGAUGCUACCAAGGAAAAUUUGAGAUCCAGAUGACUUUCUACGUUUGGGCAAUAUUCUUCAGGAAGUUUUUUUGCAUGUUUAAUAAUAUGUACAAAUAAUAUUGCCUUGA